AAGGAAAAUUGGUGCUCUCUCGCCAUCUGGUGACAGUGAACACCUACUACGUUACCUUGUGAGGGCAGAGACAGCUGAGGACACUUGACUCAACAUGGCAACCAGGUGGGGAAUCUGCGGCGCAGGGAAGAUCAGUGAUGACUUCACUGUGGCUCUGAAAACUCGUCCUGCGGAAGACCAUCAGAUUGUGGCUGUUGCAGCUCAUAAAUUGGAAGAUGCUCAGGAGUUUGCCAAUAAACACAGCAUCUCUCGAGUUUACGGCAGCUAUGAGGAGCUGGCCAGAGAUCCAGACAUAGAUGUUGUCUAUGUUGGAGUCGUCCACCCAUACCAUCUGAACGCCUGCAAACUUUUCAUAAAUGCUAAAAAGAAUGUUCUAAGUGAGAAGUCGCUGGCCAUGAACACCAAGGAAGUGAAAGAGAUUCUGGACUCUGCCAAAAAGAACAACGUCUUCCUCAUGGAGGCUGCGUGGACCCGUUUUUUCCAGGCCUCUGUGCAGAUCAGAAAUCUGCUGUCCUGGGAGUACAUAGGGGAGGUGAAGAUGGUCCGUGCAGACUAUGGUGUGCCACUGUUGCACAUGUCUAGAUCNGAUCAGAAGGACCGCUGUGAAGGCGCAUUACUAGGACUUGGUAUCUGCUGCCUUCAAUUCAUAUGUAUGGUAUACAAAGGAGAGAAGCCGGAGAGUAUCCAAGCCAGCGGAACCUGCCUGGAGACGGGAGUGGAUGAGACUGUGGCUGUCAUUCUUAGGUAUUCUAAGAACAGAAUGGCAAUGUUCACCUGCUCUGCUGGGGUUGAGCUACACAGUGAUGCCAUUAUUGUUGGGACAAAAGGCACAAUCCAGGUCCUUUCUCCUAUGUGGUGCCCCACCUCACUGGUUGUUAAUAGGAAGGAGACCCAGCAGCUGGUACCUGAACCCUCCUUGUCUCUCAACUUUACCUACAGCACAGGGAAGCGUUGCGAAGUAGAGGAGGUCCGCCAGUGUCUGCUCAAGGGGCUGAAGGAGAGCCCAGUCAUGUCCCAUGCCUACACUCUGCUGCUGGCUGAAAUGGGGGAUGAGAUCUGCCAGCAGGUGGGAGGGGUGUACAGCCAGGACUACCAGAGGAACAUGGCAACCAGGUGGGGAAUUUGCAGCGUGGGGAAGAUCAGUCAUGACUUCACUGUGGCUCUGAAAACUCUUCCUGCUGAAGACCAUCAGGUUGUGGCUGUUGCAGCUCGUAAAUUAGAAGAUGCUCAGGAGUUUGCCAAUAAACACAGCAUCUCUCGAGUUUACGGCAGCUAUGAGGAGCUGGCCAGAGAUCCAGACAUGGGUCAGUGUCCAUCUGCCAGAGAUAUUGUCCAUGUUGGAGUCAUCCCCCCGUACCAUCUGAACGCCUGUAAACUUUUCAUAAAUGCUAAAAAGAAUGUUCUGUGUGAGAAGUCGCUGGCCAUGAACACAAAGGAACUGAAAGAGAUUCUGGACUCUGCCAAAAAGAACAACGUCUUCCUCAUGGAGGCUGUGUGGACCCGUUUCUUCCAGGCCUCUGUGGAGAUCAGAAAUCUGCUGGCUCAGGAGUACAUAGGGGAGGUGAAGAUGGUCCGUGCCGACUAUAGUUUGCCACUGUUGCACAUGUCUAGAUCGGAUCAGAAGGACCUCAGUGAAGGCGCAUUACUAGGACUUGGUAUCUAUUGCCUUCAAUUCAUAAGUAUGGUAUACAAAGGAGAGAAGCCGGAGAGUAUCCAAGCUAGAGGCGUCUGCCUGGAGACGGGAGUGGAUGAGACUGUGGCUGUCAUUCUUAGGUAUUCUAAGAACAGAAUGGCAACGUUUACCUGCUCUGCUGGGGUUGAGCUACACAGUGAAGCCAUUAUUAUUGGGACGGAAGGCAAAAUCCAGGUCCUUUCUCCUAUGUGGUGCCCCACAUCAAUCAUUGUUGAUAGGAAGGAGACGGAGUAUCCGAUACCUGAACGCUGCUUGUCUCUCAACUUUACCUACAGCACAGGGAAGCGUUACGAAGUAGAGGAGGUCCGCCAAUGUCUGCUCAAGGGGCUGAAGGAGAGUCCAGUUACGCCCCAUGCCUACACUCUGCUGUUGGCUGAAAUGGGGGAUGAGAUCCGCCGGCAGGUGGACGUGGUGUACAGCCAGGACUGCCAGAGGAACAUGGCAACCAGGUGGGGAAUCUGCAGCGCGGGGAAGAUCAGUCAUGACUUCACUGUGGCUCUGAAAACUCUUCCUGCUGAAGACCAUCAGGUUGUGGCUGUUGCAGCUCGUAAAUUGGAGGACGCUCAGGAGUUUUCCAGAAAACACAACAUCUCUAAGGCUUAUGGCAGCUAUGAGGAGCUGGCCAGAGAUCCAGAUGUAGAUGUUGUGUAUGUUGGAGUUGUCCACCCAUGCCAUCUGAACGCCUGUAAACUUUUCAUAAAUGCUAAAAAGAAUGUUCUGUGUGAGAAGCCGCUGGCCAUGAAUGCUAAGGAAGUGAAAGAGAUUCUGGACUCUGCCGAAAAGAAUGACGUCUUCCUCAUGGAGGCUGCGUGGACCCGUUUUUUCCAGGCCUCUGUGCAGAUCAGAAAUCUGCUGUCCUGGGAGUACAUAGGGGAGGUGAAGAUGGUCCGUGCAGACUAUGGUGUGCCACUGUUGCACAUGUCUAGAUCAGAUCAGAAGGACCGCUGUGAAGGCGCAUUACUAGGACUUGGUAUCUGCUGCCUUCAAUUCAUAUGUAUGGUAUACAAAGGAGAGAAGCCGGAGAGUAUCCAAGCCAGCGGAACCUGCCUGGAGACGGGAGUGGAUGAGACUGUGGCUGUCAUUCUUAGGUAUUCUAAGAACAGAAUGGCAAUGUUCACCUGCUCUGCUGGGGUUGAGCUACACAGUGAUGCCAUUAUUGUUGGGACAAAAGGCACAAUCCAGGUCCUUUCUCCUAUGUGGUGCCCCACCUCACUGGUUGUUAAUAGGAAGGAGACCCAGCAGCUGGUACCUGAACCCUCCUUGUCUCUCAACUUUACCUACAGCACAGGGAAGCGUUGCGAAGUAGAGGAGGUCCGCCAGUGUCUGCUCAAGGGGCUGAAGGAGAGCCCAGUCAUGUCCCAUGCCUACACUCUGCUGCUGGCUGAAAUGGGGGAUGAGAUCUGCCAGCAGGUGGGAGGGGUGUACAGCCAGGACUACCAGAGGAACAUGGCAACCAGGUGGGGAAUUUGCAGCGUGGGGAAGAUCAGUCAUGACUUCACUGUGGCUCUGAAAACUCUUCCUGCUGAAGACCAUCAGGUUGUGGCUGUUGCAGCUCGUAAAUUGGAGGACGCUCAGGAGUUUUCCAGAAAACACAACAUCUCUAAGGCUUAUGGCAGCUAUGAGGAGCUGGCCAGAGAUCCAGAUGUAGAUGUUGUGUAUGUUGGAGUUGUCCACCCAUGCCAUCUGAACGCCUGUAAACUUUUCAUAAAUGCUAAAAAGAAUGUUCUCUGUGAGAAGCCGCUGGCCAUGAACACCAAGGAAGUGAAAGAGAUUCUAGACUCUGCCAAAAAGAACAACGUCUUCCUCAUGGAGGUUGCGUGGACCCGUUUUUUCCCAGCCUCUGUGGAGAUCAGAAAGCUGCUGGCUGAGGAGUACAUAGGGGAGGUGAAGAUGGUCCGUGCAGACUUUGGUGUGCCACUAUUCCAUGUGCCAAGAUCAGAUCAGAAGGACCUCGGUGGAGGAGCAUUACUAGGUCUUGGCAUCUCCUGCCUUCAAUUUAUAAGUAUGGUGUACAACAGAGAGAAGCCAGAGAGUAUCCAAGCCAGCGGGAUCUGCCUGGAGACAGGAGUGGAUGAAAGUGUUGCUGUCAUUCUUCAGUACUCAAAAAACAGAAUGGCGAUGUUCACCUGCUCUGCUGGGGUCCAUCUGCAUGGUGAAGCCUUUAUUGCUGGGACAAACGGCAUAAUAGAGGUCCUUUCUCCUAUGUGGUGCCCCACAGCACUGGUUGUUAAUGAGAAGGUGACCCAAUAUCCGGUACCUGAACCCCACUUGCCUCUCAACUUUACCUACAGCACAGGGAUGCGUUACGAAGCAGAGGAGGUCCGCCAAUGUCUGCUCAAGGGUAAUGAGACAUCAGCAUUUUGCCUUCUGUAGGUCUGGUACCAUUAG